CGUCAAAUCCGUCAGUGACGCGCGAGCGUGGAUAGUGAAUUAACAAGCGUAUAGAAGAGGGCAUAUUGAAGUAGAACGAAGAAAUUAACUUGUUCGAAAAAAUGUGGUCAUUAACGUUUGUGACAAUUUUGGCACUAGGUAGCGCUAUAUCAAAGACAAUUAAUCUACCGAAUAACGACACGGAAUGGCGAUACAGUUUCGAAGUCGAUUACGAGAACAAUCAGUUUUUGUUGGAUGGAAAACCCUUCCAGUAUGUUUCCGGUAGUUUUCAUUACUUUCGAGCGCCCAGACAAUAUUGGAGGGAUCGUUUAAGAAAAAUGCGAGCCGCGGGGCUUAACGCUGUCUCUACCUAUGUUGAAUGGAGUCUUCACGAGCCAGAACCAGGUCAAUUUAACUGGGCCGGUGACGCAGAUCUAGUAAAUUUCUUAAAUAUUGCGCAAGAGGAAGAUUUACUCGUAUUGUUGCGACCGGGCCCUUAUAUUUGCGCGGAAAGGGACUUGGGUGGUUUGCCGUAUUGGUUGCUUCGCGAAGUACCAAAUAUAAAUUUACGUACAAAAGAUGCAGAUUUUGUGAGAUACGCUACUUCGUAUCUAAAUCAACUGCUGGACAAAGUAACGCCACUUUUAAGAGGUAACGGGGGACCAAUAAUUAUGGUUCAGAUAGAAAACGAAUACGGAAGUUACAAUGCUUGCGACACGGAAUACUUGGAUAUACUGAAAGAAGUUUUCGUCAAAAAAAUUGACAAUAAAGCUCUUCUGUAUACAACCGACGGUGCAUCCGUGUCUUACCUUCGAUGCGGAUUCAUACCUGGUGCAUAUGCCACCGUCGAUUUUGGAACGUCCAGCAACGUGACCAGCAGUUUUCAAUCUAUGCGCCUUUAUCAGCCAAGAGGUCCGUUGGUGAAUUCCGAGUUUUAUCCAGGUUGGUUAACGCAUUGGGGCGAAACCUUCCAAAGGAUAAAAACGUCAGCCGUUACAAAAACAUUGAGAGAAAUGCUUACUGUAGGUGCUUCCGUUAAUUUUUACAUGUUUUACGGGGGUACAAACUUUGGUUUCACUAAUGGAGCUAACGGUGGAAAAGGUGUGUACAAUCCACAAUUGACUUCGUACGAUUACGAUGCUCCUUUGACCGAAGCCGGAGAUCCGACGGACAAGUACUUUGCUAUAAGGGACGUCAUCGGUCGCUAUCUGCCGUUGCCAAACAUGUCUCUCCCAACUGCAUCCCCUAAAGGUAAUUACGGUCCAGUAUUGCUGGAACCGGUACUGAAAUUGCUCGACGGUCGAUCUCCAUUCGCGGUGAUCCGGGAGACUGGAGACCAGCCUAAAACCUUCGAGGCUCUUUCUGUAAACCAAGGAUUUGUCCUUUACGAGACGAACUUGCCGCCUUUUAUCUCAGACCCGGCUAUACUGCGAGCAACGACGAAGGACAGGGCGCUGGUUUACGUGGAUGAUCGCCUAUCCGGCACUCUCAGUCGCAUAGAUAAAAUAUUUACUAUACCACUUGAGAGUCCUUAUGGCCGUCGCUUGAGCCUGUUGGUGGAGAAUCAAGGGCGCUUGAAUUUCGGCAAUGAAAUUCGCGAUUCCAAGGGAAUAUCGGACGUGACUAUUAGCGGCAGUCCGCUGAGAAAUUGGAACAUGACAGGAUAUACGUUUUCCGACGUAUCGUCUCUCCGAAAUGUAACGACCAUACGUACGGAGAGCGGAACUCUGCACAGCGGUCCAGUAUUUUUGCGUGGACAAUUCACGAUCGACGGGCAACCGUUGGACACGUAUCUGGAUACUACCGGCUGGGGGAAAGGCGUAGCCUUCGUGAACGGUCACAAUCUCGGUAGAUACUGGCCGUUAGUAGGCCCGCAAAUAACCCUGUACGUUCCAGCUCCGUAUCUUCGCACGGGCGAAAACGAGUUAAUCAUAUUGGAAUUGGAAUACGUGUCGCAAACUAGAAAGAUGAAGUUCCAACCCGUACCGAAUCUGGGUACGAUGAAUCUAACUCAGACUUAAUAGUAAUUGAACGCGGCUCUGCGGGAGAAUAGAAUAUUUAGAAACAUUGUAUCCUUCAAUUCGUUUUUGUUUUUUUAAAUCCAUCAAAUGCUGCAGCAAGCGCGGCGUGCGUCUCUCCUUUCUAAGCUGUCUGCUGCUGCAGUGAUAUUUCUAAAGUGUUUUGAAACGUAAAAAAUAAAUGUGUGAAAAGAAACACGCUUCAUAAACCCUGCACGUUUAAAGUACGUCUGCGGAAUGUAAAGAGACAUUUACAAACGUGACGAUUAACGAGCGCGUAGAACAAAUCAACCAACUCGUGUUCCUCGUGUCCUAUUGUCCCUUUAACAGAUGCAACAAUUAAUGCUAACAUGAUUUGAUAAGUGACAAUUGUAAUAUAACGCGCAAUGCACGCGAUUAACUUAAGUUGCAUACGAGUUACUUAAAUAGAAUUUUUUUUAAUGCUUUUACCAUUUUAACUCGAACUUUAAUAUAAACAGUUGAAAGAAAAUAAAUCCAUUACUGAUAGCCAGGAUUUAAAGGCACAAAUAGGUUUCUAUAUUAUCUAGAAUGUAUCUGCAAACGUGUGAAUGUGUGUAUGUGUGUGUUAGUAACCAUGAUAGAAAUUUUUAAUCCAACAUAUUCAUAUAAAAUCGUCAAUGUUACACUGCAAAAAUAUUUUAUGAUCAAAUAAACUGAAUGAAAAACA